CCGGGUUGCUCGUCUUCCUCCGCGCCUGCGCUGUGGGCCGAGGCGAGAUGGCGGGGAGUGGCUGUUGGUUGCGCUCCUUUAGCAGGGGUGUAAGGAAGAGCCUGCAGCCGCCGGGGAGUUCGGCCUGUGUGAGGGCUGCCUCCAGUAUUUCUAAGGACAUGCUGCCGGGUCCAUAUCCCAGAACACCAGAGGAAAGAGUGCAAGCAGCUAAAAAGUACAAUAUGAGGGUGGAAGAUUAUGAGCCUUAUCCUAAUGAUGGAAUGGGAUUUGGUGACUACCCAAAACUACCGAAUCGGUCGCAGCAAGAGCGAGAUCCGUGGUACACCUGGGAUGAGCCUGACCUGCGAAGAAACUGGGGUGAACCGAUGCACUGGGAUUUUGACAUGUUCAUUAGGAAUCGUGUGGACACCUCUCCAAGUCCUGUGGACUGGAGUACUAUGGUCAAAACCUUGGGUGGCUUUGUAGGCUUGAUGCUGUUCAUGUUCUUUGUUGGAGAGGUAUUUCCUUCAUAUCAGCCCGUGGCUCCUAAACAGUAUCCCUACAAUAAUCUGUACCUGGAGAAUGGAGGAGCACCUGACAAAGAGCAGCCAGAAGUGCACAAUUAUAAAAUAUGACCAGUUUUCCUUGUCUGAUUGUAAGGUGCAGAUCAUUUUGGAAAUGGUCUCUUAUUCUGUACAGUGAAUAAUUUUUAAGGUAUGAAUAAUAACUGAAUAAUAAAAUGAUUGCCAUCCUA